CCUCCUCAGAGCACACACAACAUGGAUCCUCACACCUGCACUGAUGUCCUCCAAGCUUCAGGGAGCGGACGUCUUUAAAACAUCAAACACCAAAGCUUAGACGGACCCUAAAAACAGUGUAAUUAUAACAUUUAAAUUAAAACGCACAGUGGAGCAGCGAUGGGGCAACAAACAAGAGGGAGCGUUUUAAACUUUGGGAUCCAGGUUCUUUCAAUGCAACGCAAGGAGGAGAAAGAGAUGUGAGAGUGUGUGAGAGUGUGUGGACAGUGGCAUUCACUUCCAUUUAAGUCACUUAUAGAAAAGACGUGAUGUUGUGUUCAGGACAAAUAGUUUUCUUGGCUUUUUUCCACUGUGUAACAACAGUGACUGCACUGAUAGACUCCGAUGAUGUGAUCACACGAGAAGAGCAGAUCUAUGUUUUGAUUGGUGCUCACGCCAGGUGUGAAAGGAACAUUGAGGCCCAGAUGUCCCUGCUCAGAGACGGUGACUGCAUCCCAGAGUGGGACGGGAUCAUCUGCUGGCCACAGAGCAGAGCGGAUCAGCUGGUCUCAGUGCUUUGUCCAGACUAUAUCUAUGACUUCAACCACAGAGGACAAGCCUACCGCCACUGUGAUGCUUCAGGAAGCUGGGAACAGGUGUCCAGCAUCAACCGCACUUGGGCUAACUACACAGAAUGCACUACAUACUUGCUCUCCAAUCAAAGGAACCAAGAGGAGAAGGUGUUCAAGAGACUCCACCUCAUGUAUACUGUCGGCUACUCCAUUUCUCUGGCAUCUCUGUUGGUGGCAGGCUCUAUUCUCUGCUAUUUCAAGCGUCUCCACUGCACACGCAACUACAUCCACAUUCACCUCUUCACCUCCUUCAUUUGCCGAGCAGUCAGCAUCUUUGUGAAGGACGCUGUGCUCUACUCUGUGUCUGAUGACAGUACAGCGGAGUCUGAACCUCAUAUGGCCGGUUGUAAAGUUGCUGUUACUCUCUUCCUCUACUUCCUGGCAACCAAUCACUACUGGAUCCUGGUGGAGGGUUUGUACCUACAUAGCCUCAUCUUUAUGGCGUUCCUCUCUGACAAGAACUACCUGUGGGCCCUCACCAUCAUCGGUUGGGGUGUUCCAGCUGUGUUUGUGUCCGUUUGGGUCAGUGCGAGAGCAUCACUAGCAGACACGCAAUGUUGGGACAUCAGUGCUGGAAACCUCAAGUGGAUUUAUCAAGUUCCCAUCCUGGCAGCCAUUGUUGUGAACUUCCUGCUCUUUGUCAACAUAAUCCGAGUGCUGGCCUCGAAACUGUGGGAAACCAACACUGGUAAACUGGAUCCUCGACAGCAGUACAGGAAGCUGCUCAAGUCCACACUGGUCCUCAUGCCCUUGUUUGGAGUUCACUACAUGCUCUUCAUGGCCCUGCCCUACACUGAGGUGGCUGGACUGCUGUGGCAGGUGCAGAUGCAUUAUGAGAUGUUCUUCAACUCUUCCCAGGGCUUUUUUGUGGCAUUUAUCUACUGUUUCUGCAAUGGUGAGGUGCAGGCUGAGGUAAAGAAGGCCUGGUUGCGACGCAGCCUCGCUCUGGACCUCAAACAGAAAACCAGGAUGACGAGCAGUGGCGGUGGUGGCAGUUGUUACUACGGCGGCAUGAUGUCACAAGCCACCACCACACACAGCGUCAGCGUGUCUGCUGCCACUCCCAGAGGACUCUCCUUCACUGGUGGUGUGGCAGGAUCAGCAGGAGCUGCUGCUGCUGCUGGUGGCGGUGGCGGGUCAGGGGUCAGGCUACAAACCAGCCUGUCUGGAUAUGUUCCAGCUGAUGCACAGACCUCGGGGGGUUUCACCAGGAAUAAAGAAAAUCCUGACUCUAAACAUCAUGGAGUAUCAUCAGUGCAACCCUCUGGAGCAGAAGAGCCAGACUCGUCUCUGAGGGAGCUGGAGACGGCCUUGUGAUGACACAGAUCACUGAAAGAUCUGAGUAUGGCCGACAUUCCUCCGCCUACCUCAUCUGCUUUAUAAAAACCAAACCAGGAAGUAGCAGCCAUGUUGUUGCACUGACACAAGUGACGUUUGCAAAUGUGGAUCUGGAAGGUCAGAGGUUAGAUCCCCCAGGUCCUCUGGUCUGUAGGCCAGUGUGUUCCGGGGUAAGACACUUAAGUACUGUACCAGCAUUUGUGAGUAGUAUGUAAUAGAUAAAGCAUGUGUGUGAGUGAAUGUUAGAACUGGAGUCUAAAGCACUCAGUUUUUGUAUGAGGCAAGGAUGAGGUUUUGUACUUUUCUUAUAAGAUUUAUAUUUUGAGUAAAUGAGAAACUGUAGUUAUGAUAGUAAGUAAUCUUAAAUAAAUUGUGUACUGUCACUUUAAGAGCGCACAUUCACACUGGUACAGUACGGUGCGGUUUAGAACAGUAAAGUCUUGGGUCA